GCGACGGGGCGGGCGCUCGCGCCCGGCUGCAAGAUGGCCGCCGCUGCCGCCGCCGCCGCCCGGCAGCCACCGCCCGGGAGGAUACUACAAGGCCUGUAGCUUCUGCUCGUGCCCGUGGACCGCCGCCGCCUCCUUACCAUGAAGCCAGUGAGUCGCCGCACCCUAGACCGGAUUUAUUCAGCGUUGCUCCUCGCGGUCGUACUGCUCUCAUGGGGAUAUGUCAUCUAUGCAUCAACUGUAGCUGCGCGGCGACAGCUAAAGCAGGAACACCCAGACAAAAUGUUCGGGACGAAUGAACAUUUGUAACGCCUCUGAAUUUAAUUCUAUGCAUAUACAGUUCUUUACCUCAUGCUUAUCGGACUCGUCUUGAUUCACAAUAAAAUCCUUAAUACAAGUUUCCACUUUCA